GGUACAUGUGGGUUUAUAGAAUGGAUGAGAAAAUCCCUGCAGUCUGAUUGGUUGAGAGCUAUGCAAGAAUUUUUACUGGGCUGCAUGAACGAUAUCCCGAUAAUCAAAACGAUAUCCACUGUUAACAAGCUAUCGGCAGAAAAAGUCAUUGUGAUGUCAUCGCGCAUGUACUGUUACGCUUGUUUACGUCAAGGCAGAAUGAAUCAAAGGAUGCAAAAUGAUCUGUACAAUAAAGAAUUUGACAGGAUGAGUUCUGUUGAAAGCCUGUCACCACACUGGACGAAUGAAAGACUCACCAAGAAGAAGGCCCUCCUAUGUAACAAGAUAAAGAAUCCAUAUUGCAUGUCUUUGAAGACCUUUCCUACCAACAAACAUCAACGGCUUACCAGACAACCUGGUGUUAACUUCAAGACAAGGAGUGGUGUGGUGUUCAAUCCAAUCACGCCCUUGGAGAUUUUACGAGGGACAUUGCAGAAACGAAUUAAUAAAGAUAUCCAUUGUAUAUUCCAGUAUUAUGCUCAGUAUUUCUACAUGGCUGUUGAAAACAUGAGAGAGAACUAUGGAGCCGACAGCGUGACUGAAGAACACGUUCUCACCGUCUUCAGGAAUAGCUUGGAGGCUGCAAAGGAUCUCUUCCAACCAUCUGGUAAGCAUACAGGCAAAGAUCGACAUGAAGAUAAUUCUCACAAGAUCAAUGUUAAGAUGCAUCUUGAUAAGAUGAAUCUUACAUCGGAUGCUGUACUUAGAAGGAAUGAUGAUGAUGAUUGCGAUGAACCAGAAAGAAAGAGAUCCAAGCAUAACCAAGAUAACGGCUCUACAUUCUCGCUAAGACCACCUCCAAGAAUACAGACCAGAAAGAGGAAAGGACGCCCUCCUGCACAUCAUCGUGACUACACUGACGUGAUAACAACAUCAUCCAGUAAUUACAAAGGUAGCAAGGUCAAAGUGGAACCGGUCAAGAAAGAAGGACCAAAGUGGGAUCCAUCGAGACUAGUCCCGGAAACCAUGUUUGUCAUGGGUGCCAAGGCUAACAAAGCUCUUGGUCUAGGCGCUACAAGAGGACGGUUGUAUAUCAAACACCCGGAACUGUUUAAGUAUGCUGGGGACCAAGAGGAUAAACUAUGGCUGUACGACAAUCACUUGAUGCCUGCCACAGGAGGAAAAGCUUACAUUCUUCUGCUUGAUGAUGUUCUACACUUGGCAGAGACGGAGGAGUACAAGGAAUGUGGAAGCCUGGCUGUUGAGGAACUCCAGGCGUUCAAAGUGACACCCACGAUCCUCCAGAAGAUGAAACGACACAUGGAAACUCAUCGUACCGAUGGUGAUGGAAGUAACAAUAGCAGUGAUAAUAAUGAAUGACAUUUUUCAUAAGUUAGCUAUACGAUUGCACUGUAUCAUGUUACAGUUAAACUUGCCUUAGUUAUAUCUGUUGGGACCGGGAAAUGAAUUCAGACUUUGAAUAGAAUCAAAUCAACCUUAAAGUGUUGAAAUCAAUAGAAUAUAAUAAAAGUGAAUGUGAGCAUUUUUUUUUUCUCAACUUUUUCAAGUUGGACUUGGGCAAAGUCGACUAUAUAUAAGUAUUGAGAUCAUUAGAAAUACUAUGAAAAUAUGUUAAAACAUCCCAAGCAUUGGGGUUUAUGUUUAAGCACUUCAUAUAGCAGUCAUUCUCAGUGUUGUGCGAAACUCCAUAUAUGGUUUAUUUUAUGACAAAUCCCUGGUUAUCAACUAAUUCUUUCAAUUGUCAUCUCCCCCCCCCCAUUUUUUGUCUUGCCUGCAUAACUGAGCGAGUCUGUAGCAUUUUAAGGACUUGAUUUUCGAUGCUGUUGUACUCAUGAGCAAACUCCCAUCACUCCCAUAAUUCUGAGUGAGUGGUCAUAAUUGUGAGUUAUGGAGCAACCAUCACUGGCACAGCAAUCAAUCACUGAACCAAAUAUAUGGCUUAUUUGGCAUGCAUCAAGAACAACUGAACAAAACAACACAACUUGCUCACAUGCUCACUAUUUCUCACAACUUUCCCUCACAGUACUUGUAUUGGACUGUUGUCCUGCAUUCAUCAUCAAGAGCAAUCAAUCGGCUUAUUUACACAUAAUAAUAUA